GCACAUCCACUAGUUGUAAAUCCAAUGGCGAUGUGAUUCCUAAUGAUUCCCUUCUAGAAAAACCACUUCUUCUUCCUUUUUCUUCUUCAUCUUCUUCUUCUCCUCUGUAGAUUUCGAACAAUCAACAUAUAUUCAGCAGCAUUUUCAUGGGGUCUAUGCUCGGUGACCUGCCGUCAUAUGACCCUCACAACUUCAGCCAACUCCGACCCUCUGAUCCUUCAACUCCUUCUGUAUUAUAAUCUUGUGAAGUCAAUCCUCUGAAAGAAACGGUUCCGUUAACCCAGUCGCAAAGAAUUCGCUAUAUCAUGAUACGAAGGGGACAGAAAUCUGAAGGAACAAUAGCACUGAGUUACCGAUCUUCCGGAGAAACGAUUCUAUUUAAUUCUCAUAUGUAGCCCAUCUUCAAGUUUCGGAAUUCUACGAUUAGGAUCCCUAGUGCUUUUACCCUUUGAAUGGAGCAGCCUGCAACCAAUUUAAGCUAUCUCUUCCUUUGAAUAUAAUAAAACUCAUUGGGCCAAAAUGAAAAGCCCUUGAAUUGCAGGGUUAUGAAUUUCUUCUAUACUGCGAAUAGUUAUGCUAUGCUCAUGCUUUCUCUGAUUUCUUGAGUGGUUUACACUUUGCUUUCAAGGGUUUAAACUUAAACGUCCCAAUUAAAUACUUGAUAUAAAGUUUGAAGUUAUUCAAACAGUACUCCUUUGAGCCACUUUAGUAUUUUUUUGCCUUUGUCCUUCUGCCCUGAAUGGAAAUAUUUAGAUAAUGCAGAAGGAUUAACAACUCUAAGAAACAUUAGUGAGAACUGAGAAGCUGUUGACUGAAGAGAUUCUAAAAGCAUCUCAACUAAAGCUACCAGAUGUGGUAUCCCUUUUGGAUAUAAAGAAAGGAAGCAAAUAGUUUAUAGUUUCUACAUUAAAGUAAGGUCAAAUCAAAUUCUCCUUGUAAUUGUGUGUACAAACUUGUGCAUGCUUUGGAUUUAUCUCCCAUCUUUGAAUUGAUCUCAAAUCCGACACCUCAUGGGUGGCCAUCCCUUGUUAAUUUGCGGUAGAUUGAGUGAACAUAAGAUGAUUCCUGCAACCUAUCAUCCAACCCACAGUAGGACCCUUCCCCCACCAGAUCAAGUUAUAAAUACUGAGGCCAAAAAUAUACUUAUACGACACAUUUAUCAGCAUACAGAAGAAAAGUCAAGAACAAAGAGACCUGCAGCCGAGCAUCCCAUGCCCGAGCACGGAAGCAAGCAACCAAGAGCAUCUACUACCAACACUUCAAAUUGAGCUUGGGAGGACAUUUUCCUCCAACAAAUUAAAGCUAUUCAUGUUGUGAUAGAUGACUCCUGUAUAAUGAGAGUGAAUUGCCUGCUCACUGAAGAAGAAACGGCUCGGCCAGACAUUUACAUGUUGUAUAUAGAUUUUACUCCUUGUAAGAUUACCCUAAACUCAACCACAUCAAAUUGUUGUCAAAAUCAUAAAACUCAGUUGAAGAAUUGUAACUAUAUGCGUGUGCUUCCAAACAAUAUUAUUGGAGGCCUCCUUCCUAUAAAGCAAAAGAUCCUCACCUUGUUCUUUUUCCUGGUUUGGAUCAUUUAGUAUGCUUAAGGCUGUUUGAUUCUUGUAAUGUCUGUCUUAAGAGAUUAUAGUUAUGGUUUUUUAGUUUUAGUUUAAAUCUAUGGAAUGGAGUGGAAAUCAGAGAGAGAAGUUUGAGAAUUGAUAGAGUUGCACCAAAAUGAUAACAUUCCAGAUUCCAACAAGUUUUGUAUCCUCUCCCUGGACUUUUGUUCCAUGCAAACAAAUUGCACAAGGAUUAGGACUCACUUCAGUCUCUUCUACACUAUAUAAACACGGUCUUUAGUACUGCAGCAGCAGCAAGGAGGUUUGCUUUUUGUAGAACUGAAAUUUAAGUCUCAUUUUGUUGUCUAAAUUUUCAACUUUUAUGUUGUAUUUUGGUUAUUGUAAUUUGAGGAUGUUCAUUUUGGUCGUUUUA